AUGAGUUUGGGGCUUAGUGAACUUAUCAAAAGAGAGAUCGAGAAGAAACGGAAGGAGACUGUUACCGCUAAAGAGAAGGUACAAGAAGAAGAGGAAGAAGAAGAAGAAGAAAAGGACCUCGGCGGCAAUACUGAUAAGUCAUCGGCAGAGACUGAAUUACCACAACCAAAAGACAAUCCACCCAGUAGUGACACUAUAUAUGCUGAUGUCAUAGAAAAGAGACAUAUUAAAGAUAAACCUGAUUUGGAUAUACGUGCCAAGAAAAUAGCGAAAAUUAUUGCAGAAGAAAGAAAAAAGCCUAUCCAAGUUAAUAUCACCAUUGAAGAUAUACAAAAUAUUGAUGAUGAUGCUAAACGGGAGAAAGUGGCUACACAAUGUAAUAGAUACAUUCAUCAAAUAUUAUCCCAGUGGUCCAGGCAUGUAAAGACAUAUCAAGGUGGAGAAUCGAUGUUUGCCGACACUAAGAAGAAUUUAUUCCCUUUACUUGUAUUAUUAAGGAAAAAUACCCUUCCAAUUAAACUACUCACAACUUUAAGCAGUCUUUUGUAUCAUUUACAACAUGACACUAAGACGGAUAUGGAAUCCAGUUUACAACUUUAUUUGAAAUUAAGUAUUGGUGAUGUGGCUUGGCCGAUUGGUGUUAGUGAUGUUGGUAUUCAUUCAAGAUCUGCUCAACAAAAGAUUAGUAGAUUCGGUAAUAAUGAUGUGGCAAAUAUCAUGAUCGAUGAAACCACAAGACUAUGGAUCAUCAGUGUAAAAAGACUGAUCAGUUUUAAAGCGUGGUUACUGAAACAAAAAUCGUAA